AUCAAGGCAGAGCCACAAGCAGAGCAGCCCGAAGCUCAGAGUGCCAUCAUGGAAGUAAAGAAGAGGAACCAGGAAGAGACAAGAAGAAUUCAAGAGGAGAUGAAUCUUCAUCAGCAGAGGGGCGAUCAACAAAACCAGGUGAGUGAAAGAGUGGCAGCCACUCCACUCAUGAAAGAUCCUCUCUCUUGUAUUUUACAGAACUUGAAGGAACAGCUGGACACAGACUUUCAGAAAGCUCACGCUAAGAUCAAGGCAAGGGAGAAGAGGCAGGAGGAAGAAAUUAAAAUCAUCAGAGAAAAACUUAAUCCCCUCCCUCAGGCUCUACAAAAGCAAGUGCAAGUGUUGACAUCUCACCGGGCAGCCGGCAAAGACUUCCGGCAAAUGAGUGGCAAUGAAGAGCCCCGAGGCUGGCGUGAGGCACAGGAACUGUCCCCACCAAAGAUCUACAAGGGCUUUGUCACCAAACCUGCUGCAGCAGCAGCAUGGUCUAAAGGAGCCUUUGCUCUCCAACCUGAGAAGUGGAGCCGGGGCGGUUUGUUCAUCUCCAGUGCUGACUCAGCUGCUGCUCAGCAACAGGAGAUCAAGGAUGACUCCCUGGAGCUACUGAGGAAAAUAGUGAACAUGGAAAAUCCUGUGAUGAAAUAUACUGAGCUGGAAUAUAUUGGCAGAGGGUGA